AUAGACUCACUCCCAUUUUCAUAAUUUCAUCACGCAUUAAUUUCUUCACCCCGAACGCUUAUAUUCAUUGAUCUGUAAUCGAAUUGCCGGAAAGAAUCGAUCUUUGGGUGUUUUAGUUCGGAUUCAUCGGAGAAUUCUGCUUGGUUUUGGAGAAAAGAUGGCUUCUUUUGAUGAUUUGCCGGCCUUGGAGCCGUGGGGUUCUCGUUUUCCCGAUUCUUGGAUUUCCGACGUGUUUUCCCGCGAGACAGAGACGAUUACCCAGGCGUUGCAGAAAUCCAUGUCCGAUUCGCCGGCGACGGCCGCGGCCGGGUUUCCACCGGGGUUUUUUCCGGACGAGGCGCCGGUCGGGACUCCCGGCAGCGCCUCCGGCGCGACUGCGUCGUGGGGGUCGGAGAACGAGACGGCGGGAUCGGUGCGGCUGGGCGUCAAGGGGAAGGCCAAGAAGCGGAGGUCGCGCGCGUCGAAGGCCGCCACCACCACCACUUACAUCACCGCCGACGCCGCUCAUUUCCGGCAGAUGGUGCAGCAGGUGACCGGAUUCAAGCUCGGAGGACCGGUCAAGGCCGGACCAGUCCUGAAACCGGAGCCCCACCGGCCCACCCACCGUCCACCGCCGACCGGAUUUUUGCCCACGCUGGACACCUCUGCUUUCCUGCUGGACCAGAGCAAGCAGCCGCCGCCGAUGGGGGUGGCCGGUUCCCGUUCUCCCCUUCCGCCUCCGCCUCCGCCUCCGCCGAGAAUGGAGGGAGACGGCAGCUUCGGCUCAGGCUUUGACUUUGACUACUUUUCUGACUUUCCCAUCUUGGAGUCGUGGAAGACCACGCACAAAAUUACUAAUCUACCCCCUCUGUGUUAAGAUUUCCGGGAAGGGCAAAAUGGGAAUCAUAAUCAAGUGCACUGGUUUGUGCAUUUGUGAGAGGUGAGUGAGAAGAAGUGGAGUGGUUAAUUAAUUACCUGAUUAGUAAGUAAGUGCUUUAUUUUUGAAUUUAUUAUUAUGAUAAUAAUCUAAUGUGUUUUUGAAUCAUAUUGCACUUAUUUUAGAACCCAAAUCUGCUUAUCUGAUCAAAUCUUUGUUGUUCUAUUGAUGCCCUAUCUGAUCAAAUCAUUUCUAUAAAAUCUUUUUUACGACGGAAUUGCAUUUGAGUGUAAUUACUGUAAUAAUUCUCUUCAAUAGUU